CGGCCGUCGCUUCACCUCCCUAUUGGAUGAGGUUGGGUUGAUCGCGAUGAGCGGAACGUUGCUGUGGCGAUAAUCAGCUUGUUGUUCGUUUUUUUAGAAACAUAUUGACAUUACAGUUUAAUAUCGUUUAAUCCUUUUUGUUCCGAUUUGUCGGAGGAAGAUCGGAAGAACUGCAAUGUCUUCGAAGGAAGACAGGGCCAAAGAGAUCCUGAAGGGCUUUAAGCUUAACUGGAUGAACCUACGCGAUGCCGAGACAGGAAAAGUUUUGUGGCAGGGCACAGAAGAUCUCUCAUUACCAGGAGUGGAACAUGAAGCUCGGGUUCCUAAAAAGAUCCUGAAAUGUAAAGCUGUUUCCAGAGAAUUAAACUUUUCUUCGUCUGAACAGAUGGAAAAAUUCAGGCUAGAACAAAAAGUUUUCUUCAAAGGACAGUGCUUAGAAGAAUGGUUUUUUGAAUUUGGCUUUGUCAUCCCUAACUCAACAAACACCUGGCAAUCAUUAAUAGAAGCGGCACCAGAAUCUCAAAUGAUGCCAGCUAAUGUUUUAACUGGUAACGUAGUCAUAGAGACCAAAUUCUAUGAUGAUGACCUCCUCGUAAGUACUUCCAAAGUCAGACUUUUCUAUGUUUGAAGUGAAUUGUCUGCAGUUUAGUACGAAAUGUCUUGCUGAUGGCAGAUGGAUGAGACACUUUUCAGCCUCGUGACCAAUGGACCAGCUCUAUCUGGAUGGCAACUGGCAAAUUAGGUUCCUCAGAAAUGAUUUAGAAGAUUGAAGUGAGCAAGACUCAGUGCAAAAAAAAGACUCUUGUAAAAGAAGAAUGAGCAGUGACAGUACUGUAUUUUCUUGAGACCAAUGUUGUACAUUAUCUUAAUUGCUACUUGUUUUGCUUUGAAUCUGUAUACACUGCUUUGCUUCCAUAGUUUGUAUUAUAUGUAAUUGCACUUCAAGUUUAUUUAGCAGUUAGUCCAUGUUAAUUAUUUAGUUCCUUUUAUUGACUAUUGUGACAUAUUCAUCAGUUGUAACAAAGUGUAAAAUACUCCUUGUAUGUUAUAUAUAGUUAUAAUCCAUAAUGAGAGGGCUGAGCAACAUUGCAGUCUGAUUGAAAUAAAGGCUGUUGCUUCUGUAUUUUAAAGUCAAAUGUAGUUAAUUUGUACUGUAUAUAUCGGUGCAGUAAUAUUUUAUAACAUGUUUUGAGUUUACAAUUUGUUUGCUAAGGUACAGUAUUAAACAAGUUAACUUUAGAUAAUGAUUUUAAGUAAAUCCUUUUUUAAUCUAAUUAAUCUGUACCAUUAGAGAUACAAUAUAAAGUAUGUAUAGUAUAUCACUGGGAGGUAGGAAAGAUCACUCGUCCAGCAAAAAGUUGACUGCUGCCGACCAGUGCAUCUUGUAAGUAACCCUAAUUUGCACUCUUCCCAGCAAUCUUGCAUACGUGGGUAGUAUUGUUUUCAUUUAGAAGACCAAACAUAAUAAAGCAUUAAAUAUUUUUUGCCAGGAAUGCUAUUUUCAUCAGAAAACCACUUACUGGACAGUAAUUCAAUAUGUAAUCAAACUUCUUUUCCUCUUGUUAUCCUCUCCUUCAAUAGUCUGAUGAGCUGUGAUUUCCUGUUUGAGAAAUACUUCUUUUCCAUUGUAAUUCCUCACAGUAACACAUUGGCUCACCAACUCAGUUGUCAAAUUUCAGUGGAAUAGAAACUGUAAAUUUUAAUUUGAUGCAUUUAUUAUUUUAGGUAUUCUAACAACUUUUUCCUUUCCUCAACUUGCCCUUCAUCAUCCAGAAUGAAGGUCACACAUUGCUGAUGACCAUACAGUGUCUGGCACCUUAUUUUGGACAAAUAAUAUUGAAGAGACUUACCAAUUACAUGCGUUCAGAGUAACAUGUAUAAACUUUUUUGUUGGACUUGCUCUUAUUAAAAUUGCCUCCUGCAUGUUGCAGUUUUGUACUCUCAAUAGAACUUGGGUGUUAUGGUUGACAUUAGGAUGUAUUAAGACAAAUUUGGGGUAGGUUGCUGUCUUUUGACAGUGGAUAGAAGAUCCCUUCAGCAUGCUAACUCUGCCUAAGACAACUGUCUAGCCAGAGAAACUGUUUCCCACUCCAACAACAAAUUCAUUGUUGAGUCAAUGAAUCCACCCUUUAUUUGAUUUCUUAUUUGCUUCUUGAGCAGCAGGAACAAAAAAGAUAGAUAGUCUGUUGCAAUUAAAUGUUUAUUUAUAACUAUGGAACACUGGAGACCUCUGAUUAUGACCUUUGUUGUUCUCUGGAGGGGAAUAUGCUGUGCACCCAGCUUGUCCUAUGAAGAUCUGUCUCACAGUGUACAGGUUUAUUUGUAACUAUCCAUUUUACUGGUUUGAAUGAUAUUUAUAGAUUAAAUGUGAAUUAUUGA